UGCAUGCGAGAUGUAGAGCUUAAAGUUCUUGUAAGGUACUUUAGAAAGACGCGAAACUUGACACUGAACGAAACGGCAACUAAAACUCGCAAAUUAGAAGAACUUUCAGGAAUGCUUGGACUAUCAAAGCCUGAAACGGAAAAAGGAUCUUCGAAAAGGUCUUCGAAAAAACAGUAUCACACCAAAUCAUUGCGUGAUUUAGCAGUCAAAGUACUAACAACUAAAGUUUCAAAGCAAGCAUUAAACUGUGCUUACGCAGAGAUCAUUUGGAACGAUCAGUAUAUCAAGUGGAAAUCUGAAGCUCCAGUUUUGGACAAAAUUAGUAUUAAUGAGACUGGCAUUUCUAGAGAAUGGUUCUACCACCCAGAGUUCAGUACAGCCAGAAAUCAGCUGGAAGUGAAGUGUAUCGAUGCCACACAUUUGCUUACACGAACAAGAAGGAAAUGUUGUAAAGGUGGUCUUGAUGGGUUAAGCAAUAGUGCUUGGAAAAGAGUUGCAAGAACGGGGAAAACAUUGCUGACUCCAAUCAUGGUGGAUGACAUUACAGAUCCUAUGUCAUCUGCGAUGGCUGCAACCCACUUCUCAGACAAAGUUGAAUCAGAAAUGCGUCAAAUGGGGGAGAUCGAAUCAGCAGAUUUAUGCAGAGACAUUCGAAUGUGGUGGGAGGCAGAGGACUGUUCGGGAAUCCCGGCGCUUGAAAGGUUCAGAAUGAGAGAGAGUCUUCGAAAACGUCUCUUGUCUCAUGUUGAGUUCUGCAAAUUUCCACCACCAACAAUGAACGUUGCAGGAUGGCCAAUACAGCUCUGGGAGGCACUACUGUCACAUAUCGAUGCCAAAACCAUGCUGUACGAACUUUGCCAUGGAGGCUGUUACAACGUUAGAGCGUUUAGUAGUCUAAUUGGAGAAACAUUUUUCUCUGAACUUGUUCUCCAUGACAAGACCGGAUGCGGCACUGUUUCUGCUGCCGAGUUUGGACGUUUCAUUGGAACAGCAACAGAGCAGCUGCAUAUGCGUCAAGACCCAGACAGGAAGUUUUUUUACCGUACUAGUCGCUCCCAUGUGUAUGGCUUGACUGGAUCAACUGAGAGCAGCACUGCACAGCCGACCAACAGUGACGGAUGCAAUACGCAACAGCAGAAUGACAUCAUUCGAAAAAUAAGAUUAAAGGACCACGAAUUUGACAUUCUAAAACGGAAGGAACCUAAACGAAAAUUUGACACCGUGUCAACAAGCAGAAACGCUCUCCAGAAGGGAACGUUGGGUGUCCGAUGGGAGAGGGCAAGACGAAAUGACAGCAAAAUGCUUCUAACAUCAAAAAUGGGAAUUGACAUUGACCCGUAAAAGGAAAUCAUAAUAUCAUACGACAGUUUGUAGUUCUUUAAAAGACAGCUGUCAUUUUUGAUAUUCGUUAACCAACGUUACCUAUAUUGAUUCCGUGUAAUGCUACUGAAUUUGAUUUUGUGUUGCUCUUUCUAUGUUUAUGCAUUGAGGAGCUACCAAUAUUGGGGCCGUAUAAUAUGCUGCCUAUAUUGACGCUGUGGGAUGCUUCAUUUAACGAGGCCUACCGGUAUAUUCAACCUUUUUGGGGGAUUUGAAACAACAACAGACAUAUUGGAUCUAACUUUAUUUUGUUUGCUGUUAUUUGUUUCAAGUUUUAAAAUUACAGUUUCUAAAAAAUGCCAUGUAUCUUGUAUCUUGUUAAUUAAAAAAAAGGUAUCUUU